AUGUCCAGGGUUCCAAGUCUCCGUUCUCCAACAGAAAUGUUGAGAUCUAACACAGUCCAAAACUGGUGCUGCACCCAGAUCAAGGUCGUGAAGUUCACCUGUAGGUGGACCAUCAGUAACUUUAGCUUUUGCCAGAAGGAAAUAGGCGAGGCCAUGAGAAGUUCCAUCUUUACAUCAGGAAACAAUGAUAGAUUGAAAUGGCGCUUGCGAGUCAACCCAAAAGGGAUAGAUGAGCACUGCAAGGAUUACUUGUCGGUCUACCUGUUACUGGCCAGCAGCCCCAAGGGUGAGGUCCGAGCCAAGUUUCGAUUCUCCAUCUUGAAUGCUCAGGGUGAACACACCAAAGGUAUGGAGAGUCACCGAGUGUGUGAGUUUGUGCAAGGCAAGGAUUGGGGAUUCAGGAAAUUCAUCCAUCGAGACGUUCUGCUGGAUGAGGCCAACGGGCUGAUCCCUAAUGACAGGCUCACGUUAUUCUGUGAGGUGAACAUGGUGCAGGACUACAUCAUCACUACCAGUCAGAAUUACUUCGACAAGGUGCAUGUGCCCAAAUGCCAGCUGGCCGACGACAUCGGAGCUAUGUGGGAGAAUUCUCGGUUCACAGACUGCUGUCUGAGUGUGGCUGGGCACGAAUUUCAGGCUCACCGAGCUGUCUUAGCAUCUCGCUCUCUCAUGCUUGGCUCCAUGAUUGAACAUGCCAUGGAGAGGGGCGAGCAGAUUCAGCUUGAAAUCAAUGACAUGGAGCUGAACGUCUUCAAGGAAAUGAUGUGCUACAUUUACACGGGAAGGGCUCCGAACCUCCAGAACAUGGCUGAAAGCUUGCUGGUGGCUGCUGACAAGUAUGACCUGGAACGUUUGAAGGCCAUGUGUGAGGAGGCUCUCUAUAGAAAUCUCUCCGUGGAGAAGGCUGCAGAAUUCCUCAUCCUGGCUGACCUCUAUAACGCAAGUCAGUUGAAAAAGCAGGCAUUGGAUUUCAUCAGCUAUCAUGCUUCAGAAAUCGUGACGACCGCGGGAUGGAAGUCCGUGGUAGACUCAUAUCCCCACUUGGUGACCGAAGCAUACCAAGUUCUGACUCCAACAAUGCGCCCCUUCCUGGAGCCCCCACGAAAAUACCGGAGGAAGUCCCAAGAUACUGGCUAG